AUGGCUGGUGCAGUCCGUCAACCUAUCGACGUUCCCUCCCUGGAACGUUAUCUCGACCACAAUGUACCCGCUAUCAAGACCCCCUUAGAUGUGAAGCAGUUCGGCUUUGGCCAGUCCAAUCCCACCUACCAGAUCACCACCGCCGAUGGCAGUAAAUACGUCCUCCGCAAGAAGCCCCCGGGCAAGCUGCUCUCCAAGACGGCUCACAAAGUCGAACGGGAAUACAAAAUCAUCCAUGCCCUGGAGCAAACCGACGUCCCGGUCCCCAAGGCAUACUGCCUCUGUGAGGAUAGCAGCGUCAUUGGAACCCCCUUCUACAUCAUGGAGUUCCUGGACGGACGGCACUUUACUGAUCCUGCCAUGCCGGGGGUCGACCCCGCAGAGAGAACGGCUCUGUACGUCACCAACCCCCUUGUCGACGUCCCCUGGCAGGAUGCGGUCCGAACAUUAGCCAAGUUCCAUCGAGUCAUUCCCAAGUUGAUCGGACUAGAUGGGUUCGGAAAACCGACGGGGUACUUUGAUCGACAGAUCGCCACCUUCACAGCAGUCGCUCACGCCCAGGCACAAGCCGUGGAUGUGGAGACCAAGGAGCCGGUCGGAGAGCUGCCUCAUUUCAUGGACAUGGUACACUUCUUUGCCGACAAGACAACGCAGCCGCAGGACCGCGGCACGCUGGUGCACGGAGACUAUAAAAUUGAUAAUAUGAUAUUCCACAAAUCCGAGCCGCGAGUCAUUGGCCUUUUAGAUUGGGAAAUGGCCACGGUGGGGCAUCCGUUGGCCGACCUCUGCAACCUCACUAGUCCCUACUUCCUGGACUCGGUGGAUCACAAAAGGGAGACCUUCAGCUCGGACCUGGUGCCUGGCUUGCCCACCCGGGCAGACUGUAUAAAGUGGUACCGGGAGGUAUCCGGCUACGACCCCACCGGGGACAUACCAUGGGGCGAUGCUUUCUUCGCAUGGAGAAGCUCCGUGAUUAUGCACGGCAUCAAGGCGCGGUAUGCUUUGAGGCAGGCCAGUAGUGCCCGCGCCGCCGAGUAUGCCAGGUCUACCGUACCAUUCGCGUUGGAGGCGUGGAAACGAGUCAAAAAGGCAAAAGCUCAGAUACGCCCCAAGGGCAAACUGUAA